CGCAAGACAAGUGCCGGAUCGAAAAUGAGAGUGGUGAUAAAUCACCCCCGCUCAAAAAUGCGACAGCAGCCGCUAUAAAAGCUAAUCACUCUGGUUGCAGAAGCACACUUGUUGCUCACUCACACAGCACAACAGCAGCCAUGGUCUCCAAAUUCGCCGUCGUCCUUUGCGCCGUCGCCGCGGUCGCCGCCUUCGCUGAGGCUGGAUACGCCGACCCUCACGAUGCCAAGGAUUACUUCCACGUGCCCAACUACUCUUUCGAGUACGGAGUUGCCGAUGCCCACACCGGCGACAAGAAGAGCCAGUCCGAAACUCGUCACGGAGAUGUGGUCAAGGGACACUACAGCCUGGUGGAGCCCGAUGGCACCACUCGCACCGUCCACUACACCGCCGACCCCCACAAUGGUUUCAACGCUGAAGUGACCAAGUCCGGACACGCCGUCCACGCCGCCCCCGCCUACCACGCCCCCGCUCCUGCGUACCACGCCGCCCCCAUUGCUCACGGAUACGCUCACGCCGCCCCCGUCGUCGCCCACCCCCACGGUGCUCCCCUGGCCUUCGCCACCCCUCUGGGAUACGGACACGGAUUCGCCAAGAUCAACCGUGGAUACUGCCCGGCCGGCGCACGAUUGAGAGUGUGUAAAUGCAAACUGAAGCUCACACAUAUGCGCUGGACGGUAAUAAUUUCCGUGUGUGAUGUAAGAAGCAUACAUUUAGUUCCGAGACGCAUUAGCGAAAGAAAGCAACGCCCCGCCCACAUCUUUUCUCACCUGCCGCGCGAUCUGUAUAAAAGCAAUUGGAGCGUGCCGAUCGAUAUCCACUUGCGAACGCACUGCUCACCAGUCAACAUGCUCAAGGUUACCGUUGCCAUUUGCGCCUUCGUGGCCGUCGCCGCCGUCGCUGAGGCCGGAUAUGUCCACGCCCCCGCUGACUACUACCACGUUCCUAAGUACUCUUAUGAAUAUGGAGUUGCCGAUGCGCACACCGGCGACAAGAAGAGCCAGGCUGAGACCCGCGACGGAGACGUCGUCAAGGGACACUACAGCCUGGUGGAGCCCGACGGCACCACCCGCACCGUCCACUACACCGCCGACCCCCACAACGGUUUCAACGCCCACGUGACCAAGUCCGGACACGCCGUCCACGCCGCUGCUCCCGCGUACCACGCCGCCCCCAUCGCUCACGGAUACGCUCACGCCGCCCCCGUGGUCGCCCACCCCCACGGUGCUCCCCUGGCCUUCGCCAACCCCCUGGGCUACGGACACGGAUUCGCCAAGAUCAACCGCGGAUACUAAGCGGACUUCAAUUCAUCUGUGAUCUCAUCCUUCAUUACUCUUCAUCCAUCAUCCUUUUCCAUUCCCAAUUAUCUUCUAUGUUCCUUGCUCAUUGUUAGUCGAUAAUAAAAUUGAUACCUGAAAAGAAAAAACAA